AUGGAUGGAUGGUUAUGGGAUAGUACUUUGUUCGAAAUUAAAAAAUUGGAAGGUUUAAUCGCUCAUGUUGAUAUUGGCCGAAACUUACACAAAACUGUGUGUACUUUGUCAAUACACAGUCCUGUUGAGAUGACAAAUAUCAUCGGACAGUUGGAUAUGGCAGAAGAAGGGUAUUAUUUUCCAAUGACGCCAUCAAAUCCAAAAAUGUGA